GUCUUUUGGUAGAGUCUAUUCUGCUCAUGAAUCAAUGUAGCUUUCUCCAGUCUUCCUACAGUGAACAAUUAACUGGGUGAUUGAAUGUUUUACAUGAUCAUUUGACCAAGAAGAGUGUAUCUAUUGGUCAUCACAACAAAAUAAACCUAUGAAGGUGCUGAGUAGCCACGGCGUGUCUAAAUCGUUGAUCCAAAGCAAUAUGGACCUAAUCACCAUGCCACCCUCAGCUGUUCACACACAAUCAGGACUCUCCCUAUGUCAGCAGACUAAUGCCAGUCUGACCAACACCUCCCACACUGAAAAUAUAAACAUCAACCAAAAGCGUUGGAGGAGCAUUUUUCGACAUGUACAGAAAAAGAAUAUAGAUUCCAAACAAGCUAAUGUACAUCCCCAAAGACCAUUGUUUGGACAAGCCUUGUCUGAUAUCUGUGAAAAAGAUGGAUGCCCUCCGAAACCAAUUAUGGAUAUACUUGCAUUGCUGCUGAAAAAGGGUCCGUAUACUGAAGGGGUGUUCAGGAGAGCAGGCAAUGCCAGGACUCUGAGAGAGAUCAAGGCUCAACUUAACGAUGGGAUCAAAGUUGAUCUGAAAGAGCAGUCAGUCUUUCUGCUUGCUGAUCUGGUAAAGGACUUUCUAAGACAUCUACCUGGCAGUUUGCUAAUGGUGGACCAGUACAAGGCCUGGAUUACUGCAAUGGAAAAGCAAGAUAUGAUUGAGAAGUAUGCAGAAAUUAAAAUAGUGGUCAACAAGCUUCCUGAGGCAAAUAUUCAGCUCUUGAAGCAUUUGAUUGUUCUCCUCUACCACAUAAGUGAGAAUGCAGAUACGAACAAGAUGGAUUCCAGCAAUCUAGCGGUGUGCAUUUCACCCAACUUGCUGCAAGCAGAUAAUGUAGAAAAGAUAAAACAGGUGACCAAUCUGACACAAUUCCUUAUUGACAACUUUUGUCAGAUAUUCGGUGAGGAUGCCCUGACACUCCUUGGAGACUCUGAUGAAGAUGAACUCAGUGAUAACCAAGAUUCUUUUUCUUCACACAAUCAUGACUCUGCGUACGACAGUAAUGACCCUGAUGCAGAUGGCUACAAGGGCAGUUUUUCUGACAUGGACUCUAUCAAAUCUGUCAUUAAAGAGAAAAACCAAGAAGAACCCAGUGCUGUAGAACCAUGGACUACAAAAAUUUUAAUUCGUAGACGUUCAGAGCCGACAUUUGUCUUCAGCCAGAGUGUUCGGCAGCACUUUUCUCUUACCAGGAGCCAGACAGAAAUGGACUUUCAUGACAAACUAUUAACAAAGCAGAUCUCCGAUGACUGUAUUCUGUUAAGGGCAGGUAACAGCUUGGGGACAAGCUCUGGUUUGGUACCUAAAAGUGGGGCCCGUCUAGCCUCCAAAGACUGCUCAUAUUGUUCUUCAAGUUCACUUGAGAGUUGUUUCUCCAGUGCUUCUGAGAGCUCUAUCCACAAAAGUCCUCCUAUCGCCCCUUCAUCCAGUCAGAGAAAAGCCCUUCAGCGCAAACAUUCCAUCUCCACACGCCAAUCAGAGACUCCCAAAAGACGCUCACAGUCAAUGAAGACUGCACACAUCAGAAGCAGGACAGUUUUUGGGCGAAGUGGCUCAACCAAGCAGGCGAUCAAGAGAACCUUGAUUCAUAGCCAGACUUUACCUGAGGUACUGAAUCCCAAUCCGGAAUCAUUCACCCCUUUAUGUGAGCCAAGAUGUCUGUCUACAGAAGAGGUUUUCCAGCAGGUGGACAGCAGAAUUCCAAGUGAUCCUCCGAGUUAUCAGCAGGCUGUUCAGAACAAUACCCAUCCCGCUCUCUCGAACUGUGGCUCAUUGACUGUUCAGAAUGCUAGGUGUCUAUCAAAACAAACACGCAGCUGCUCCACAUCCCCAAGUGAAGAGACAUUGUUUUCUGGGAAUGAAACUUUUGAUAUCCAAAACAGAGACAAUAAGGAGUUAGGUUGUGAUAGUAUGUUGAGCGGAGCCUCAUCAGAGUUGAGACAGAGGUCCACAUCUGAAACUAUGUGUGAAGAUUCGUUACCAGUGUGGUGUUAUCAGGAACAUAUCAGAGAGACAUAUGUGUGACUUAUUGUUUACUCUUGUAUUCUCUGUUUAAGUGUUUAGUGCAGUUUGCAAAUUUGAAAGAGAGCUUAUUUUGCAUAUGACCUCAUAAUGAGAGCUUCAUGUACAAUUAAGAAUCGAUGAACAAACCAAUAGAUUAAUUGUGCUGAAUUUUUGUUCUGAAAAAAAAAAAAAAAACCUGAAAGAUUUUUUGGGUUUUUGUUCACCACCCCAACAACAAAUGAUGUAAUUGAAAGGCACUUUGAGGAAAUGUCACUA